UGCCCUGCCAUGGCCCUGGUGCGGGGCGCCGAGCCGGCGGCGGGGCCCUCCCGCUGGCUACCCACGCACGUCCAGGUGACUGUACUGCGGGCCCGCGGACUACGGGGCAAGAGCUCGGGCGCGGGCAGCACCAGCGACGCGUACACGGUGAUUCAGGUGGGCCGUGAGAAGUACAGCACGUCGGUGGUGGAGAAGACGCCGGGCUGCCCCGAGUGGCGCGAGGAGUGCUCCUUCGAGCUGCCGCCCGGUGCCCUGGACGGCCUGCUGCGGGCGCAGGAGGCCGACGCGGGCCCGGCGCCCUGGGCCGCGGGCUCCGCUGCCGCUUGCGAGCUGGUGCUCACCACCAUGCACCGCUCGCUCAUCGGCGUCGACAAGUUCCUGGGCCAGGCCACGGUGGCGCUGGACGAGGUCUUCGGCGCAGGCCGCGCCCAGCACACGCAGUGGUACAAACUGCACUCCAAGCCGGGCAAGAAGGAGAAGGAACGUGGAGAGAUCCAAGUCACCAUCCAGUUCACUCGCAACAAUCUGAGUGCCAGCAUGUUUGACCUGUCCAUGAAGGAUAAGCCGCGGUCCCCUUUCAGCAAGAUCAAGGACAAGAUGAAGGGCAAGAAGAAGUAUGAGCUGGAAUCUGCCUCCGCCAUCCUCCCGAGCAGCGCCCUGGAGGACCCUGAGCUGGGCAGCCUGGGCAAGAUGGGCAAAGCCAAAGGCUUCUUCCUGCGCAACAAGCUGCGCAAGUCCUCGCUGACGCAGUCCAACACCUCGCUGGGCUCGGACAGCACCCUGUCCUCCGCCAGCGGGAGCCUGGCCUAUCAGGGUCCGGGUGCAGAGCUCCUCACACGCUCGCCCAGCCGCAGCAGCUGGCUGUCCACUGAAGGGGGCAGGGACUCCACCCAGUCCCCCAAGUUGUUGACCCACAAAAGGACCUACAGUGACGAGGCCAGCCAGUUGCGUGCGGCUCCACCCCGCUCCCUGCUGGACCUCCAGGGCCACCUGGAGGCUGCUUCCCGCUCCUCGCUCUGUGUCAAUGGGAGCCACAUUUACAACGAGGAGCCCCAGGCCCCGCUGCGGCACCGCAGCUCCAUCUCUGGCCCGUUCCCACCCUCCAGCUCACUGCGGCCCGCUGAGGAGGUGACCCGGCCCGCAGAUGACUCCAUGGGCAGAGGUGGCCGCAGUGCCAGCAGCUCAGAGGCGCUGCCUGGACAGGAGGAGCUGAGCUCUCAGGCCAAAGUGUUGGCCAUGGGGGCCAACCGCUCUGGAGAGGAGGAGGGGGCCCGGCUCCCAGAGGGAAAGCCAGUACAGGUCGCCACACCCAUGGUGGCCUCCUCCGAGGCUGUGGCCGAGAAAGAGGGAGCCCGGAAGGAGGAGCGGAAGCCCCGGAUGGGCCUCUUCCACCACCACCAGGGGCUGAGUCGGAGCGAGUUGGGGCGCCGUGGCUCUCUGGGGGAGAAGGGGGGUCCCACGCUGGGGGCCUCCCCCCACCAUUCAUCCAGCGGGGAGGAAAAGGCCAAGAGUAGCUGGUUUGGCUUCAGAGAAGCCAAGGAACCAACUCAGAAACCCAGCCUGGACGUGUCUCCUCAGGUAGAACCUGACCCAGCUGCUCUUCCUCACCACCUCCCCUGCUCCCCCUGUGCUACGGCCCUCCCUUCUCCUGCUCCCACCGCUGCUCCCAUGCUAAGCACUAACCUUUUUGCAGCCACCUUCCCCACUGCUGCCACUGCUGCCGCCGCCUCCGCCGCCCCUGAAGCCUCCCCAUCUGGAUUCUUGGGUCUCACCAACCCAUUCCUCACCUCCAUGCAGAGCAACCCUUUCUUCGAGGAACUCAUAGCCGACAUAGCACUAAACUCUCCUUCACCUGCUCCCUCUCUCCCCAGUGCCUCGAGGGCCAGCCCCACCCCCCUGGCCUCCCCUGGGAAAGCCCCGCCUGAGUGGGACGACACCUUCAACGUCUUUGCUGCCAGCAGGCUGCGUCCAGAGGCCAGGAGCAAGAUCCUGGCCCCUGCAGAAGUGGGGCUGGAGGUGACUGGGCUGCAAGACCAAGGCCGUGGGGCCAUGACAAUGAAGGCAGCUGAGCCCCGGGGGGACCCUGGGGGAGGAGGAAGAGGUGGGAGCAGCAUGUGGCUGGAGCCCAGGGUUCCUCUGGACUUGGGACUGGACCGCCAGAGUACGAGUGCGGCUGACCUGGGGCCCCUUGGGUCAGUAGGGGCCGGCCUGCCCUCUAUGUCAGCCCAGCUGUACCCAAGAGCCUCGGACUCUGAAGCAGACAGGGAGCCACCGGCCCCAGGAGGGGAAGCAGGGCAGAGUCCAGCAGACAGUGCGACGUCUCUGUUCAGCUCCCCAGAAGUGAUCAGUGUGUGGGAAAGGCUGCCUGGCGCAGACGAUGCCCCUGAGGGCCGGGACGAGGCCUCCCAAAGUGAAGGCCAGCUUUUGCAUGAGCUCAAUACAGUCGAAGAUUCAUGGCCUUGGGAUGUGGUCACCAUUUCUCCUUCAGCUGAGAUGUCUUCACCGGUCCUGCGGGGAGAGUCUGAUGAGCCGCCGCCUCCCCAGUUGCAGCCAGAGUCACCAGAAGCUGUGAGCCACAAGGGGAGUGAGGGGCCUCCCCCAGUGGAGCCGGAGCCGGAGCCGGAGCCGGAGCCCCAACCUGAGCGGGUGUUGGACAAGGAACUGCAGCCCAGCAGGCCACCUCCCAAGCCGCCACGCCUCUUCACACCCUCAGAUUCCCAGGAGAAGGAAGAUGAGGAGGCUGCGGCUGCUGCAGCGGGGCUGAGAAGCAGGGGGGCAGAGACUGGAGGAGAAGACGACCUCCCAAGUAUGCUGGUUGCUGGUCCGCAGGAGGCCAAGGAGGAGGGCGAGGCACCUGGGCCGGAGUCCGACAGCCAUUCUUCUGGAACCCUGCUGGGUGGGCCAGGCCUGGAAGAUGUAGUGGAGGGUGCCAGCCCUCCUGUAUCUGGGCCCUACUUAUCCCUGCCCGCUAGCUUCCCUGAGGGUCCUACCCCCAUACCCCAUUACUCAGAGAGCUUGGCUCCUCAGAGUCAGCAGAUCUGGGAGGCUCCAGAGAAAGGAGGGAACCCUGAGGAUCCUGAGGCCCAGAGCCAAGGACCAGUAGGAGAGGGGCUUGGGCCCCUGCUUGGUGUCUCCCAGCACACUGACCUCUGGGCCUCAGGGGAGGAUGCCCUGAAUCCCUUUUUGUCUCAGGAGAAUGAAGACCCCCCUAGUCUCCCAUCCACAUCCCCUCCAGGGUCCAGGGAAUCUUCCAUCCUCUCUGGUCCAGAAGAGCUGCCCACGCCCCCAGAGCCUGCUUUUCCACCGCCCCCUCUCCCGUCCUGGGCCAGCCACCGUCACGGGGGACCCAGCACUCCAUGUUCCCCUCUGCCUGGAGCUCGGCCCCAGACUUCUUCCUCCCCACCCCCUGGGGAGCCGGCCUCCUCCCCUGGGGGCUCCCCUGCCCCACUUGGGGAGGACCACGCUGCAACCACCCCAGCCUCCCCGCUUGUGCUUCUGCCCUUGGAGACACGACCAGCUGAGGAGCCACAGCCCAGUGCCAGCCCCCACCCUGUGAAGCCCCUCAGUGCUGCCCCUGUGGAGGGCAGCCCGGACAGGAAGCAGCCCCGCUCCAGUCUGAGCACAGCUCUGAGCAGUGGGCUGGAGAAGCUCAAGACCGUCACAUCUGGCGGUGUUCAGCCUAUGGCUCCGGCCCCCCACGUUGGCCAGACUUUGGACACCAAGCGGCUGAAGGACUCAGGUGUGCUGGACCAGUCGGCCAAGUACUACCACCUGACCCACGACGAGCUCAUUGGCCUGCUCUUGCAGCGGGAGCGGGAGCUGAGCCAGCGGGAGGAGCAUGUGCAGGAGCUGGAGAGCUACAUUGACCGGCUGCUGGUGCGGAUCAUGGAGACCUCACCCACACUGCUACAGAUUCCCCCUGGCUCCCCCAAGUAGCCCUCCUCACCCCUGGCCCCCGGAGGGUUGGCGUGGACCCACUGCCCAAACAGGACUUGCGCCGCCCUCCCUUCCGCUGAACUCACUCUCACCUGGGCAGGCUGCUGUCUGUCCUCCAUUGUUGCUCCUCGCUCCUCCUCCCUCCUGCCUCCAUGGGGGCUGCUAGAAGGGGGACCCUUUGGAUUCCCACUGGAGGCAUCAGGUUCCAUGUACAACUUGUGUGUUUGGGGAGCCCUCAGUCUUUCCCACCUGCCUAUUUUCAUAUCCCUUAGUUUUGGGGGCUCCAGGGAAUUGGAACAAAGAAUUUAGUCCUCAAGUCGGAGCAGGUGUAAGCUGCAAUUUGAUGUGGCAUCUGGGACAUACUUUAUUACUCCACAACAAUGAUCAGUCAUUUCAUCCAAAGCUAAAUGCUUGUCCUCUUCAUCUGUCUUCAGCCCCUGGAGGGCUCCUAGCAUUACCGGGGCUGUGGCAGGCACCAAGCUGCCCAUUUUGGAGUCAUGGGCAACUGGAGCCUCAUGUCUCUUCCCGUGAGAGCGAGGAGCUGUUAUGGUCUGGUCUCAUCUCUGCUGUGUCCUGAUUUUUGUGUGUUUCAGCUGUUUGCAGAAUGAGUGCUACGUGGAUGGAUGGGGAUGAUUUGUGUUCUCCAGACACCCCCUCCCCUCCGCCCUGCCCUCCUCUUCUGAUCUUUCCAUUGAGUGUCACGUGUGAAUGUAUGGAGAGCUGGGGCGAGUGUGGGGAGGGUACCUCCUCACCUACCUCCAAGCUGUGGGCCCCUCCAGGCCUCAGGGCUUUGGGCUGCUUAUGUUUGGGGAUCAAGCCUCCAUCUUUGUUUUUGUUGCCUGUCCAGAUGCCAAAACUCUGUGCUGCGGCAGGGUUUGAACUUUUGGAAACCAAUUAAAAUGUGCCUUUUGUGGGUGGGGUCAAGAGCCUCUGGAUGUAGACCUCUCUCUGUUUGGUGUCCCCCUCCGUCCCUACCUGUUGAGCACAUGGGGCUGGAUCUGUCAGAGCCCUGAAAAUGGGGAAGGAGGAUGGUGAUACUGCACCCUGUGCCCCUCCCCCAGAGUUCAUUUCAGUUAAGGGUCUAGCAAAGCUGCCACUGCUCCUUUAACUUUCCUGCCACCUUCUGUUCCUCCCUCAACCCCAAUUGAGGAGGGUCCUAGGAUAAAAACUGCAUUCUGGAAGUGGGAGAUCCCACUCUGCCUCUACUUAGGAAAAUGGCUUUGUUGCUCUCCUUUCCAUCCACUAGCUGCUCUCCCACCCUGUCCCUUCUGCCCCACGGCCUUGCCUGGCUUGGCUGCAGUGCACUUUGAAAUGAGGUGUCUGUCCUUUGGCCCAGCCCGGUUUGCUUGAGAGAAACAUGGCAGGCUUCCCCUGGCAUCUGCAGGGAACCUUUAGUGGCUUGGGGUGCUCUGCUUUAGCAAAAGUUUUGGGGUAAGGAGGUGCUGAAGGAGGAUACUUUUGGCCCAGUGAGGAGGUAAGAGCUUGUCUGGAAUCACCCCUUCUGAGAGAGCCUAUGGGAUCUCUUCAACAGCCUUGGAAGGACAUGUGCUCUGUGGGUGAUGUUUUCUAUCAGGAUGAAGCAGAGGAGCCCCCACACAUGGGGGAAAAGCCCCUGCAAUGUUAUCUACCUUAACAUUGUUAUCUACUUAAGGAUCACUCAUCAGGUGUCCCGAUCUUGGGUCAUGUUUCUUGGCGGGGGGGUCCUUGGGGGUUGGGUAGAUAUCUCUUCUGGGGGAAGGGGAGCACUCCUCUACUAUGUACUCUUCCGGGCUCUAUUCAUUGCCAGCCCUGACCCUGAUCUUCCAUUCAUCCUUGAUUGUGGGCCUCCAAAAUGCCCAGGGCAAGGAUAUCUUCAGAAGAGCUUUGAGUUGAAGCCCAAGAUUCUUGUUGGAUGUUUCUGCUCCUGGCCACGACUUGGAGAGUUGCAGGUGGGUGGGCAGAGAGCAGGUACAGUUCUGCUUUGCUGUUUGUCUUUCUGGUUGUAACUCCUGUUUAUAAAGAGCUUGUUCUUCAUGUUUUGAGCACUUUAUGAAGAAUAAAAACUUCACAUACGCA